UACUUUUGUUGGCGGAGUUUCUUCCUGUUUGCCGUUGCCUGGUAGUCAGAAGCAUGUUGUCAGACGAAAACUACUCUUGCGAGUUGAGUCACAAUAGUCUACGUGUCUACGCUCCCUGACACCACAUUCGCUCUACAUGGAUUUGAGAGAUGGCGCCGUCUGAAAACUGUGUGAGUGGCUGGAGCUGUAAGCAGGUGGCCCAUUGGUUGCAAGAAGAAGGAUUUGGAGAGUACGUGGAGUUGUUGUGUACCCAGCACCGUCUGGAUGGUCCCAGUCUCCUGGCCUUGACCGAGGCUGACCUGCGGGGGUCACCUCUGGGAUUGACCGUGCUGGGAGACAUCAAGAGACUGACCUUAGCCCUUCGACGGCUUCAGAGACAAAACCAGAGCCAAGUGGAGGAGCUGGGUCUCCAGCUGUCAAACGGCCACCACACUGGACCAUCCGUGGGCGACGCAGGAGUGGAGUGGAGCUGUGACGAAGGGGACGGGAGGUGUAAUGACAGCGAUCACUUAUGUAAUGGCACAGAGCUGAGACUCAGGAAAGGAGAUAGGUCUGGUUCAGGAGUUACAUUGCGUCACACUCACUCCAGCUGGAGGUGUCGGCAGCACCUGGCUGGUCGACUGGACCCCGAGGUGUGGAAGACAAUCAUCAGCGCUGUAUAUGUGUUUCUGGUGUUUGGCUUCACUUCUUUCGUCAUGGUUGUUGUACAUGAGCGUGUACCAGACAUGAGGACGUACCCACCACUGCCAGAUAUAUUUCUGGACAGUGUUCCCAGAAUCCCCUGGGCUUUUGCGAUGGCUGAAGCUUGUGGCCUCAUUCUGUGUUACAUGUUUCUGUUGGUCCUACUUCUUCACAAACACAGGUCCAUUCUUUUAAGGAGGUUGUGUUCUUUAAUGGGAACUGUGUUUUUACUGCGCUGCUGCACCAUGUUUGUCACCUCCCUCUCUGUUCCAGGGCAGCAUCUCAAAUGUGCCAGUAAGACAUUUGAUGACACCUGGGGAAAGAUUUACAGGGCGUUAACAAUCUGGAGUGGAUUUGGAAUGACUCUGGCAGGUGUCCAAACGUGUGGAGACUACAUGUUCAGUGGACACACGGUCGUCAUCACAUUGCUCAACUUUUUUGUGACUGAAUACACUCCUCGGACCUGGAACCUGAUUCACACCAUCAGCUGGGUCUUAAACCUGUUUGGUAUUUUCUUCAUCCUGGCCGCUCAUGAGCACUACUCCAUUGAUGUCUUCAUCGCCUUCUACAUCACCACCCGCCUCUUCCUCUACUACCACACUUUAGCCAACACACGUGCCUUCCAGCACAGUCGCAGGGCACGCAUUUGGUUCCCGAUGUUCUCCUUCUUUGAGUGCAAUGUGAAUGGACCUGUACCCAACCAAUAUCACUGGCCCUUUAGCAAACCUGCCUUCAUGAAGACUCUGAUUGGAUAAGGUGUGCUUUCAUUCCAAACCAGCAGCUGCAAAGCUUCUCCAGACAAUAAGGUGAAGCUUAUACCAUAGAUUUUUUAUUUAAUUUGUAUAAAUCAUUGGUGUCUUUUAAGUAAUCUAAUGUUUAGAGGAAUAGAUUUUCAUUUUGUGUUCUUUUUCUGAAUGAGAUGUACAUAUCUGAUAUCUGUCCGGCCAAUUUAGCUGGACAGAAACAAUUCUUACAAAUAGCACUUUUAAAACUAAACUGUGGAUGCAUUAGUGCAUGUCAAUACAAGGAGUCACUAGUUAUUGCACCAACCCCCUACGUCCCACCGUUCUUUUAAAAGUGAAUGCAUGUUGGUGUUUUUAUUCGCAUUGCUAGGCUAACCUAACUAGCUGCACAUUAUAUGCCACACAUUGAAACUAAUCUUCUUUUAUUUUAUAGUCAUAUUUAAAUUGCAAACACUGCCAAUGUAUAAAAUGGUUCCUUAAGACUGAACCAUUAAGUUUUUCAUGUAUUAUUUCUAAAAUGUUUACAGUUCACUGACGGUGUUCAUUGUUAUUGUGAUGCAGAAUUUACAAGGCGACAUACAGCUACAACAUACAGCUUUUAACAGUUCUCUGGGUGUUGGAUUUAACAUGUUUUGUUGCAAAAAAAAAUUACUUAGGGAUUUGGAUGGAUGUGUGCCUGAGACUUGUUUAUUUUUUCAUAUUAUUAGAUUAAAUAACUCUAUUUAAAAGCUAUUUGAAAGAUUAAAAAAAAUCCACAGAAGCCUUUUACGUUAUACGUAAUAAAACUUUAUAUAGAGUUACACCCUAUAUAUAUGUAUAUACUAUAUAUAUAUAUGUAUAUAUAUAUAUCAAUGUACUAUAUAAUACGUAUAAUAAGUAUAAUAAAUUAGUAGCUAGGAGAAUUGAAUGUGCAUUAUGGGACCUGUAGCUUGUGAUAAAUGUAUAUAAUAGUACACUUGAUUGGAGUUGGAAUGAGGGAAAUUAUUAUUGUUAAUAACUGGCCAUGCAUAUGUCAUACACAAACUAAAUUUGACCACUGCAUUUAACCCAUCCAGUAAACAUGAGACAUACACCAUAGACGUAACUAUACCAGGAUGUUCUGGUUGACCACAUAAAUGUGUUUUCUAGUAUCGGUUUGUCACCACUCAACAUUGACAAAAUUAAUGUUGAUCCAUAAUUUUGUAAGUGAGUUUUAUUUAUUUUGCAUUGUAUUUUUUGAAAGUCCUAACUUGAUAACACACCAACUGUUUUGUUAAUUGUUCUUCACCAUGAUCUAGCCACUACAUACAGGUCAAUGAUCUACACACACACACACACACACACACACACCUAUGUAUGCAGAGUGGACAGUAUUCUUUCAUCACUCGUCUUGUGUCAGUUGUUUAAAACAACUCCUGACGAAGUCCCGAGGAAAACAAAUAUGUUUAAGCAUUGCAAGGUGAAACUGAACUUGCAAAACAAAGUUGACUUUGGCACCUCUGGCAAAAAGGUGUGUUUUCACAGGAUGUGCAACAGGAACACAUCCCGUUUAGUUUUGUUCUCUGAAAAUCAAAAAAGUCACAGAAUCAUAACUUCCACUGAGCCCAAUUUACACUUAAACUAAAUUUAAAUAUCGAAACAUCUGCACUACCAUACUGUA